AUGCGUUCCGCCAUCGCCACUAGUCGCAUAAAUUUCCGGUUAAGCAAGAGUUUUGUCGGCGACCCUGACAGCUGGCAAGAAGACUCGUACGGGCACGGAACCCACGUCACACAACUGCUACUGAAAACGGCCCCUGCGGCUGAAAUCGUUAUUAUCAAGAUAUGCACUGACAAGAUCAUCGACGCUGAGGGUAUGCCUCGAAUUGCUGAGGCAAUCGACUGGGCUGUUGAUAAGUGCGACGCGCACAUCAUUUCCAUGUCCUUUGGCUUUCAUGAAGAAGAUGAUCUCAUUGAAACAGCACUAGAUAAAGCCCUUGGAAAGGGUAAGCUUAUCAUGGCUGCAGCCUCAAAUAACGGGGGUCUUUCUGGGCGAUCCAGGCCAGCACGUCGAGAUGGUGUGCUGUGCAUUCAUGCAACAGACGGCAAGGGAAAUAAGGGCAAUAUGAACCCUUCACCUCUCGUGAACAAGUCCAACUUUGCCACGCUCGGCGUUUCCAUUCCAUUACGAUGGAAUGGGACCGAUGUGUGGAAAUCCGGGACAUCGUUUGCAGUACCAAUUGCUGUGGGUAUUGCUGCAGACAUCCUUGAACUUGCUCAGCACAAAUGCACCAAGCUCAGUCCACACAAGCUCAGAGCCUUGUACCAAAAACGGGGCAUGGAAGAAAUAUUUCGGGCAAUGGCUACACCAAGGGAUGGUUACGAUUUUGUUUUUCCGGGCCGUCAAUGGGCUAUACAAGCAGAAGCUGUGAGCAUGAUUCAGAAGAUUAUGCGUAAAAUCUGA